AUGUCCCGACUGUCCUCCUUGUCCACCUCGUUCCCGAGCCCGACCUCUUCGCCCAUCCUCAUCGACACCGCGUUUCUCUUUCUCCUACAGGGGGGCUAUUACCUCCUCUCCCGUCGGUUCCUUUUGCAUGCAUUGCCAACGCUCCGACAGAUCUCGAAACGUGACUCAGAAGGAGCAGACGGAUCAGGAGAGACGAACGAUACGGGUAUCUUGGGGUUGCCCGGGCUGGCACGGGACGAUAACGACGACGAGGACGGGGUGAUCAACGCUUCGGGCGGUCUGUCGGAUACCGGAUCAACCCACGGUCCACCAGGCUCGAAUUCUCGUCGAAACAACUUGAACCUGUACCCUCCGACUGGUCAGAAUGCUUCCCGAGCUCAUUUGGCAACUACGGACGACCUAGACGAGUCGGACACGGACUCGCUCAUUUCGAAGAAAGUGUUGAAGCUGUUUCACGGGAGGUCUAGAUCGAACCGAGCGCCGGUAGACGGGGAACGUGUACGGACGACGAGGGGCUUAGGGUUCUUGGCUAGAAACCUCUUUUCACUAUGUUUCUCUGAAUGUCUCUUGCUUCUCACGUUGGUCAUGUUUCAUUCGAUCGGGAUCCUCCAUUCUAGAUCGAGACGAGUGCAUUUCUCUUUUUCCCUGCAUGUGCUAUUAUUGCUCAUCCUGUUAGUGGUGCCAAUGGUACAAUGCCUUCAGUUGACCUAUCGCUCACGAGAUCCUGCACCGGCUGGUACUACCGCAACAACCACAACAUCGUCACCUCGACGUCUGACCAUCAGUAAACGGCUUCUGCUCGCCAUGAUCCCCUUUGGAAUUUACGUCUUCGCGUUCACCCGGAUUCCGCCUUAUGUGACCACCGAUCAUUUGGGUCUGUCAGCGGUGAUGCUGGCGAAUCAGAAUGAGACAACGGUCGUCAACGGUACCACCAUCGUGGUAGGGACGGGAAAGACGUCACACAGGAUCGCUCUUCCCGCCCACGUGCAUUUGGGGGAUUACAAAGAUCUGAACGAUGACGCCGACAACACAACAGAUCCAUCACGCGAGGAUGCAGGUGAGGGUGAUGAUGGGGUACAAGAGGACUGGCAACGCGGCGGAUGGCUAGAACCCAGUCUCGGACGGGUGGUCGUCUGCGGGAUCAUCAUCAUGGGCGCCUUGAGCGGGUUUGGAGCGGUGAGGACCGCUUGGGGCUUUUACGAGAACGGGGGUUUGAAGAGCGGCCGGCCGGUCUCCCGAGAAGACAUCAUAGCGGCCGAAAGGUCGUUGUACCGAGUCCGGCACGACAUCAUGUCCAAACGGGAACAUCUCGGCCGGUCUGAUUCGCUAGGUGGCGACGCGAGACCAUCGAUGAUGAGGUCUGCUACUGGCUGGCUGGACAUUUUCGGUUCGGCAAGGUCGAAUGGAGAAGACAGUUCGGUGAGGAGAGAGUUGCAGGGAUUGGAGACAAUGGAGGGUCAGGUCAAGCGGUCGUUAGAAGCCAUGAAGUUGAGAAGGAAACGCCAACGGUUCGCUCAGACAUGGAGGGGAAAAGUGUACAACCUGAUCGGUCUCGUGUUCGCCUUCUACUGUCUCGCACGGGUAUUGAUGUGCCUCACGUCGGUGCUAUUCCCGCCGUUGGCUACGAGUCACAUCUCUCAGCCAGGAAAAGACGACGAUACCCUCCCUCAAGACGGCAAGGGCAACACGAACGGAGACUGGAUAUCGUACUCGAUCGCACUUGCGCUCAGCCAAUUGCCUACGGGCGUUGUCGACGUCAAGAUGUGGAGUCGAGCCAUCUCGCUGUUACUCACGGGCCUAUUGAUCCUGGCGUCUUUGGCUCAGGUAUUACGGAGCGUAGCGAGAAUUCUGAGGUUGACGAGCAAAAGCAUCGGAGCUGGAUUCUUGUUGCUCGGUCUGAGCCAGCUCAUGUCCACGUAUGUCAUCUCAUUGCUGAUCCAAAUGAGAUCCUACAUCCCUCCCGCUACGCCAGACGCCUAUCUCGAACUCAAUUCCACCUCUACAGCCUCGAUUGACAACUCGUUCUCUACUGCCCUGGACCCGACGCCGAAGGACCCCUCUUUGUUGGCCACCCUACCAGACUUUCGAGUUUUCGGUCGCUUGUUCGACGUGAUGUUUGUCCUCGCUGCCGUCAGCACGAUGGUAUGGCGGUACGUCGGUAACAAGCUCAACGGACCAGACGAGUUUGGAACAAUCUAUCAUCAUUAGGUUGGGAGAUGCGGCAUUGUGAUGUGAAAGGGUCAUCCAAGUUGUACAGCAAUAUAUCUAUAGAUGAGAAGGUAUUAGAUAGCACAGGA